ACGGAAAGAAUUUGUUUCAUCGACAGUUGUUUCAUGGACGAAAAUAAAAUCCGUGUGAAUCGUUAGCUUGAUAUUUUUAAUUUGAUGUGACCGAGGACUGGACAUAAAUUAGCGUAAAAAUAAAUGUGUGCACCGUUUGCUUGAAAUAUGUAAUUUGAAGUGAUCGAAGACUGGACAAUCAUUAUUUGGGUUAACGGUUACAUUCUGAACGUCGUCGGCAUUAGCCCAGUCGGUAGAGAACGUUAAUCCCUAUUUCCAAUUCUGAACACAGAGACACGCAACCUUUAUACCAAAAAUUGGAAAAUGCCGCUUUAUAGCUAUCGUUUAGUUUUCAAGGGAUAGUACCAUAGUUUUUUAAUUUAACCGUGUGAAGUAAUGGUUAAGAAUUGAGGUGAUUUUGAUUUUACAGGUGUUUGUAAUUCAAAUUACAAACUUUAUUUUACAAAGAAGUAAGGACACAAGACCCACACACACGGACAAUAGUAAGACAAACACAAUUAUGGCUGUUUAAUUUCAUAGAUUCAGGGGGAUCGGUGAAAUAAUUGUGAUACCAAAUACAAGAUAACCAGGAAAACGACCAGAAGACCGGAAACCGUGCAGCCAACACCACGGACAAGAGUCAGACAAGCACGCUUAUGCGGUUGCAGGUGUUUAAUAUCAUAGAUUCAAAGGAUUUCUGACUUGUCGGUCGUGAACAUAUUAUAUUUGGCUUUACCUCAGUUAAGGUAAUUCUGGCUAUAUAUCGGGGAUAGAUUCGUGAUUUUGACAACAAGUAUGGUUGCAGAAGUUUAAUAUCAUAGGUUCAAGGGAUUUCUGACUGGAGAUUUAUAGCCAGUAUAUGUACCUUUACCUGGGCCUUUAUAAGCUUCAAGAGUCAUAUGGAAUUUAGACAAGUGUGGAUAUUCACUGAAUUGUUCAAUGAGAAAGUUUAAAGUGAGUCAUAGAGGUGUUGUGUUGGUGGUGCUGGUUAUAAUUGGAUUGUCUCCCUGUACUAAAGGUUCAGGAUGUUUAGAUAUUUUAUCGAGUUCAGAAAAGGACGCCAUUUCUGCCGACAACUGUCAUGGCGGGGUCUUAAAAUCAAAGGAUGUGCUCUUAAUCACAUUGAAAUCUUAUAUAGAUGUGAAAUGUACGUGCAAUGUGAUCUAUAGUGUUGAUAAGUCCAAACAUGUUAAUGUAAGUCAAAUCCUUAACACAAUGUGUGGCUUACCACGUAAUGACGAAUACACUUCUUGCCGUAAUUCUAGAAAAGUUAAAAAUGGACUUAUAUUUCAAAUUUUAACAUAUAUGGAUAGAAAAUUAUUAUGCAUUAAACCUGAUCAUGAUAGCCGCGACGACGACGACGAUGAAGAUGGUGACGACAACAAUAAUGAUAGUCGCAACGACGACGAUGAUGAUGACCACGACGACGAUAAUGAUAAUCGCGGAGACGAUGACGACGAAGUUGAUGAUAGUGAUGAUGAUGAGGAUGAUGAUAUUCAUGAUGACAACGAUGAUGACGUUGAUAAUGAUGAGGACGACGAUAAUAAUAAUAGUCGCGACGACGACGAUGAUGAUGACGACCACGUCGAUGAUAAUGAUAGUCACGACGAUGACGAUGACGACGAUGAUGAUAGUCGCGAUGACGAUGAAGUUGAUGAUGAUGAUGAUGAUGAUGACGAAGUUAAGAGAAAUAACAAACGUACAUUUAAUUUAAUAUGCAGAUCGAACACGGUGUCUUCAAACAUGCAAUUCAAGCAAAUAGUGGGCCUAGAUGUUGUGGUGGAUUCACAGCCUGGGUUCAGAAAAACAGAUCGGGGACAAAAAAGUGAAAUCGGGAUAUUAAAUGGGGAAGACAAUGACGACACGUCUAAAAGGGCGAAGGAUAUUAACUACGGCAAUUCAGCAUCUUCAGCUUCGGCAACCAAGAAAGUAAAACAGGAUGGCGCCAAAGGUUUGACAACCAGUGGCGUAGUAGGUGUCAGUGGUGCUAUUUUUGCAUUGGGGAUUGUGUGUAUUGUCAUAGUAACGGUUUUUGUCCUUCGACGUCGAAGAAAUAGAUCCCAAAAUUCUCCAAAGCCGACGGACAAAUCUGAACAUAGAGAUAUCGAAAAUUUCCCUCGUCCACAAACGUCCAUGGGUGAUCGCAUAAAAAACAAAAAUUUGAAAAAGCCUAAUGACAAUUCAGGUAGACCUCUUCCAGAAAAGAAAAUGUCGUCACGCAAUGAUUAUGGUGUACGGUUCUCAAAUAAGACAUACAAUGCAGGAGGCGAUUUGGACUCAGGUACUGGUAGCGUUUCAAAAACUCAACCAAUCGGCGGUGGCUACAUAGACAUGGGUUCUAGCAACAAUGAAAGUCACGAGUCAAAUGUCGAGAAAUUCUAUCGUGGUGAUGACAUCAUAACAUCAGAGGCAUAUUACGUCACACCUCAUGAUCCAGAUGAUGGCUACCUGAUGCCGAGUGAAGAUUUAAAAACGAUUUACUAUAACAAUAACAAAUCAACAAAAUCGGGCGUUGAAUUCAUUGACAAUGAAAAUAUUUAUGAAACGGUGGCAUAGACUAGAAAACGACACCGAUUCAUCUUUAUUUGGUAUAGGUCUUGGGAAGAGCGUAAAUCGCGAAUAAAACGAACGAUAAAUAUACAGUUGUGUGGGCAUAUGGGAGUAAUCUCAGUUUUUAGGGUGGG